AUGGGGAAGGUGCUCCCAGAGCCCCCGGCCUGGCAGCUUCCAAUAAAGACUUGCCAGCAGAACACCCACACCAAAGUCAGCACGGAGCACAACAAGGAAUGUCUCAUCAACAUUUCCAAGUACAAGUUUUCCCUGGUCAUCAGUGGUCUCACCACUAUCUUAAAAAAUGUUAAUAACAUGAGAAUAUUUGGAGAAACUGCUGAAAAGAAUUUAUAUCUAUCUCAGCUGAUAAUCUUGGAUACACUGGAAAAAUGUCUGGCAGGGCAACCCAAGGACACCAUGCGCCUGGACGAGACCAUGCUGGUGAAGCAGCUGCUGCCYGAGAUCUGCCAUUUCAUCCACACGUACCGCGAGGGCAACCAGCACGCGGCCGAGCUGCGCAGCUCCGCCUCGGGMGUGCUCUUCUCCCUCAGCUGCAACAACUUCAACGCCGUGUUCAGCCGUAUUUCCACCAGGUUGCAGGAACUGACUGUUUGUUCAGAAGAUAAUGCUGAUGUUCAUGAUAUUGAACUUUUACAGUACAUAAGUGUGGAUUGUUCAAAACUCAAGCGACUCUUGCAAGAGACUGUAUUCAAGUUUAAAGCCCUUAAGAAAGUAGCUCAGUUAGCUGUUAUCAACAGUCUUGAAAAAGCAUUUUGGAACUGGGUGGAAAACUAUCCUGAUGAAUUCACMAAGCUGUACCAAACCCCCCAGACUGACAUGGCUGAUUGUGCYGAGAAGUUGUUUGACUUAGUGGAUGGCUUUGCUGAAAGCACAAAACGUAAAGCUGCAGUGUGGCCACUGCAGAUCAUCCUCCUGGUCCUGUGUCCAGAGAUAAUCCAAGAUAUAGCAAAGGAUGUGGUAGAGGAAACUAAAAUGAACAAGAAGCUGUUCCUGGACAAUCUCAGGAAGGCCCUUGCAGGACACAGUGGGAGCAGGCAGCUGACUGAAAGUGCUGCUAUUGCUUGUGUUAAACUGUGCAAAGCAUCUACCUACAUCAACUGGGAAGAUAAUUCUGUCAUUUUCCUGCUAGUGCAGUCCAUGGUUGUAGAUCUUAAGAAUUUGCUGUUUAACCCAAGCAAACCUUUUUCAAGAGGCAAUCAGAAUGCAGAUGUAGACCUGAUGAUUGACUGCUUGGUUUCYUGCUUCCGCAUAAAUCCUCACAAUAACCAACACUUCAAGAUCUGUUUGGCACAGAAUUCCCCAUCAACAUUUCAUUAUGUGCUGGUAAAUUCACUCCACCGAAUCAUCACAAAUUCAGCCCUGGACUGGUGGCCGCGGAUCGACGCCGUGUACUGCCACGCCGUGGAGCUGCGCAGCAUGUUCAGUGACACCCUGCACCGCGCCAUGCAGGGCUGUGGGGCACACCCUGCCAUCCGCAUGACCCCGAGCCUUACAUUUAAGGAGAAAAUGACAAGCCUUAAAUUUAAAGAAAAACCUACUGAUUUGGAAACCAGAAGCUACAAGUUCUUGCUGUUGUCCUUGGUGAAACUGAUCCAUGCAGAUCCAAAGCUUUUGCUGUGUAACCCCAGGAAGCAGGGCCCUGACUCGCAGGGCAGCACGGCCGAGCUGAUCACGGGGCUGGUACAGCUGGUGCCACAGUCCAGCAUGCCUGACAUCGCCCAGGAGGCCAUGGAGGCCCUGCUGGUUCUGCACCAGUUGGACAGCAUUGACUUGUGGAAUCCUGAUGCUCCUAUAGAAACAUUCUGGGAGAUCAGUUCACAAAUGCUUUUUUAUAUCUGCAAGAAGCUCACAAGUCAUCAGAUGCUCAGCAGCACAGAAAUCCUCAAGUGGCUGCGAGAGAUUCUCAUCUGUAGGAAUAAAUUUCUGCUAAAAAACAAACAAUCAGAUAGGAGUUCCUGCCACUUCCUCUUCCUUUAUGAUGUCUCUGGAAGUGGGACUAGUCAAAUAUCUCUUGACCAUGAAGAAAUGAUACGCUGUGCACCAGGAGCUACCCUCAGGAAAGGGAAAGGGAAUUCUUCCAUGGAAAGCACAGCGGGCUGCAGUGGAACACCGAUCUGUCGCCAAGCACAGACCAAGUUGGAAGUGGCCUUAUACAUGUUCCUGUGGAGCCCAGAUAUCGAGGCAGUCCUGGUGGCWAUGUCCUGCUUCCGUCACCUCUGCGAAGAGGCUGACAUCAGAUGUGGAGUGGAUGARGUCUCAGUGCAUAAUUUUUUGCCAAACUACAACACUUUCAUGGAAUUCGCAUCUGUGAGCAACAUGAUGUCAAUAGGGAGAGCAGCUCUUCAGAAGAGAGUGAUGGCGUUACUGAGGCGCAUCGAACACCCAACUGCUGGCAACACAGAGGCCUGGGAGGAUACACAUGCAAARUGGGAACAAGCUACAAAACUAAUCCUUAAUUAUCCAAAGACCAAAAUGGAAGAUGGGCAGGUGACCGAGAGCCUGCACAAGACCAUCGUGAAGCGGCGAAUGUCACACGUCAGCGGCGGUGGCUCCAUCGACCUGUCAGACACGGAGUCUCUUCAGGAAUGGAUCAACAUGACAGGAUUCCUGUGUGCUCUGGGUGGGGUGUGCCUACAGCACCGCAGCAAUGCUGGUCUGGCCACCUACAGCCCACCCAUGGGCCCCCUGAACGAGCGCAAGGGCUCCAUGAUCUCCAUGGUGUCCACCGAGGGCAACGUGGAGACCCCGGUCAGCAAAUUCAUCGACCGCCUGCUCACCCUGAUGGUSUGCAACCACGAGAAGGUGGGGCUGCAGAUACGCACCAACAUCAAAGAUCUGGUGGGGCUGGAGCUGAGUCCAGCCCUUUAUCCAAUGCUCUUCAACAAACUGAAGAAUACCAUCAGCAAGUUCUUUGAUUCUCAAGGACAGGUCUUGUUAACUGACACCAACACACAAUUUGUGGAGCAAACCAUUGCUAUAAUGAAGAAUUUGCUUGACAAUCACACAGAAGGGAGCUCAGAGCACCUCGGACAAGCGAGUAUUGAGACAAUGAUGCUGAAUCUGGUUAGGUAUGUGCGUGUACUUGGAAAUUUGGUACAUGCCAUUCAAAUCAAAACRAAGCUCUGCCAGUUAGUAGAAGUAAUGAUGGAAAGGAGAGAUGACCUUUCGUUUUGUCAAGAAAUGAAAUUCAGGAACAAAAUGGUGGAAUAUUUGACAGACUGGGUUAUGGGAACAUCUAAUCAAGCAACAGACGAGGAUGUGAAAUGCUUGACAAGAGAUUUGGACCAGGCGAGUAUGGAAGCAGUGGUCUCUCUUCUUGCUGGGCUUCCACUCCAGCCUGAAGAAGGAGAUGGUGUUGAGUUGAUGGAAGCAAAAUCUCAAUUAUUUCUUAAGUACUUCACGCUGUUCAUGAACCUGCUGAACGACUGCAGCGAGGCGGAGGAGGACGGCGCGGCGGCGGGCGGCCGCAAGCGGGGCAUGUCCCGCAGRUUGGCAUCGCUGCGCCACUGCACCGUGCUGGCCAUGUCCAACCUGCUCAACGCCAACGUGGACAGCGGCCUCAUGCACUCCAUAGGUUUGGGUUAUCACAAAGAUCUCCAGACCAGAGCCACGUUUAUGGAAGUGCUGACCAAGAUUCUGCAGCAGGGGACGGAGUUUGAUACUUUGGCRGAAACGGUGCUCGCGGAUCGGUUUGAGAGAUUGGUGGAGUUGGUUACCAUGAUGGGUGAUCAGGGGGAGCUCCCUAUUGCCAUGGCUUUAGCCAAUGUGGUGCCUUGUUCUCAGUGGGAUGAGCUAGCUCGUGUCCUGGUCACACUCUUUGACUCCCGGCACCUGCUUUACCAGCUCCUCUGGAAUAUGUUCUCCAAGGAAGUYGAGCUGGCAGAUUCCAUGCAGACACUCUUCCGAGGAAACAGCUUAGCCAGUAAAAUCAUGACUUUCUGUUUUAAGGUCUAUGGUGCUACGUAUUUGCAGAAGCUGUUGGAGCCUUUGCUGCGGACUGUGAUCACAUCCCCUGAGUGGCAGCAUGUCAGCUUUGAGGUGGAUCCAACAAGGCUGGAGCCCACAGAAAGCCUUGAAGAGAACCAGAGGAGUCUCUUGCAAAUGACAGACAAGUUUUUUCAGGCAAUCAUUAAUUCCUCCUCGGAGUUCCCACCCCAGCUGCGCAGUGUGUGCCAUUGUUUAUACCAGGCAACUUGCCACUCUCUACUGAAUAAAGCUACCGUAAAAGAAAAAAAGGAAAACAAAAAAUCAGUGGUGAGCCAGCGUUUCCCCCAGAACAGCAUCGGGGCCGUGGGCAGUGCCAUGUUCCUGCGCUUCAUCAACCCCGCCAUCGUGUCCCCGUACGAGGCGGGCAUCCUGGACAAGAAACCCCCGCCCCGCAUCGAGAGGGGGCUCAAGCUCAUGUCAAAGAUCCUUCAGAGCAUUGCCAACCACGUGCUGUUUACAAAAGAGGAGCACAUGCGGCCUUUUAAUGACUUUGUGAAGAGCAAUUUUGACGCAGCGCGAAGGUUUUUCCUGGACAUCGCGUCCGACUGCCCGGCCAGCGACACCGUCAACCACAGCCUGUCGUUCAUCAGCGAUGGCAACGUGCUGGCACUGCACCGCCUGCUCUGGAACAACCAGGAGAAGAUUGGCCAGUACCUGUCCAGCAACAGGGAUCAUAAGGCUGUUGGACGACGACCUUUUGACAAGAUGGCAACACUUCUUGCCUACCUGGGGCCUCCUGAGCACAAACCSGUGGCAGAUACACAUUGGUCCAGCUUAAAUCUCACUAGUUCCAAGUUUGAAGAGUUCAUGACAAGGCAUCAGGUACAUGAAAAAGAGGAGUUCAAAGCACUGAAAACAUUAAAUAUUUUCUACCAAGCUGGGACAUCCAAAGUUGGCAAUCCUGUUUUCUACUACAUCGCUCGGCGGUUCAAGACUGGUCAGAUCAACGGGGAUUUGCUGAUCUACCAUGUGCUGCUGACCCUGAAGCCAUACUAUGCAAAGCCAUAUGAAAUCGUGGUGGACCUCACACACGCUGGCCCCAGUAAUCGCUUUAAAACAGACUUUCUUUCUAAAUGGUUUGUAGUUUUUCCAGGCUUUGCUUAUGAAAAUGUCGCAGCAGUUUUUAUUUAUAACUGUAACUCUUGGGUCAGAGAAUACACCAAAUACCAUGAAAGGCUCUUGACAGGUUUGAAAGGGAGCAAAAGACUUGUUUUCAUAGACUCUCCAGGGAAGCUGGCAGAGCACAUCGAACACGACCAGCAGAAACUUCCAGCAGCUACCUUGGCUUUGGAGGAGGACUUGAAAGUGUUCCACAAUGCUCUCAAACUGGCUCAUAAAGACACCAAAGUUUCUAUUAAAGUUGGCUCGACCGCGGUGCAGGUGACGUCGGCAGAGCGCACGCGGGUGCUGGGCCAGACAGUGUUUCUGAAUGACAUCUACUACGCCUCAGAGAUCGAGGAGAUCUGCCUGGUGGAUGAGAACCAGUUCACCCUGACCAUUGCCAACCAGGGCACCCCGCUCACCUUCAUGCACCAGGAGUGUGAAGCCAUCGUCAGGUCCAUCAUCCACAUCCGCACGCGCUGGGAGCUGUCGCAGCCCGACUCCAUCCCCCAGCACACCAAAAUCCGCCCCAAGGACGUGCCUGGGACUCUGCUCAACAUAGCCCUGCUCAACCUGGGCAGCUCCGACCCCAGCCUGCGGUCUGCUGCCUAUAAUCUUCUAUGUGCCUUAACCUGUACCUUUAAUUUAAAGAUUGAGGGCCAGUUACUGGAAACUUCAGGUCUGUGUAUUCCUGCCAACAACACACUAUUUAUUGUAUCUAUCAGUAAGACUCUUGCAGCAAACGAGCCACACCUCACCUUGGAGUUCUUGGAGGAGUGUAUUUCAGGAUUUAGCAAAUCCAGCAUUGAGCUGAAGCACCUGUGCCUGGAGUACAUGACACCCUGGCUGUCCAACCUGGUGCGCUUCUGCAAGCACAACGAUGACGCCAAGCGCCAGCGCGUCACCGCCAUCCUGGACAAACUCAUCACCAUGACCAUCAAYGAGAAACAGAUGUACCCUUCCAUCCAGGCCAAGAUAUGGGGCAGCCUGGGCCAGAUAACAGACCUUCUGGAUGUAGUGCUGGACAGUUUCAUCAAAACCAGUGCCACGGGGGGCUUGGGCUCCAUCAAAGCUGAGGUGAUGGCAGACACAGCUGUAGCACUGGCUUCUGGCAAUGUCAAACUGGUGUCAAGCAAAGUGAUUGGAAGGAUGUGUAAAAUCAUUGACAAGACCUGUCUGUCCCCCACGCCCACRCUGGAGCAGCAUCUGAUGUGGGAUGACAUUGCCAUUCUGGCUCGGUACAUGCUCAUGCUCUCCUUCAACAACUCCCUGGACGUGGCAGCACAUCUCCCCUACCUCUUCCACGUGGUGACUCUGCUGGUGGCCACGGGGCCCCUUUCCCUGAGAGCUUCCACUCACGGGCUCGUCAUCAACAUCAUUCACUCCCUUUGCACUUGUUCACAGCUUCACUUCAGUGAGGAGACCAAGCAAGUUUUAAGGCUGAGCCUGACUGAGUUCUCUCUGCCCAAAUUUUAUUUGCUGUUUGGGAUCAGCAAAGUGAAAUCGGCCGCGGUGAUCGCGUUCCGCUCCAGCUACCGCGACCGGUCCUUCUCACCCGGCUCCUACGAGCGCGAAACCUUCGCCCUGACCUCGCUGGAGACAGUCACUGAGGCACUGCUGGAGAUCAUGGAGGCUUGUAUGAGGGAUAUUCCAACGUGCAAGUGGCUGGACCAGUGGACUGAACUAGCUCAAAAGUUUGCAUUCCAGUACAACCCCUCCCUGCAGCCAAGAGCACUGGUUGUCUUUGGCUGUAUAAGUAAACGAGUGUCACAUGGACAAAUAAAACAAAUAAUUCGAAUUCUCAGCAAGGGACUUGAGAGCUGUUURAAAGGCCCUGAUAAUUAUAACAGCCAAGUUCUAAUAGAAGCCACAGUUAUAGCCCUCACCAAGCUGCAGCCUCUUCUUAACAAGGACUCUCCCAUGCACAAGGCUCUGUUCUGGGUGGCCAUGGCUGUGCUGCAGCUGGAUGAGGUGAACCUGUACUCAGCAGGGACAGCCCUGCUGGAGCAGAACCUGCACACCCUGGACAGUCUGCAUGUGUUCAACGACAAGAGCCCAGAAGAAGUGUUCAUGGAGAUCAGGAGACCCCUCGAAUGGCACUGCAAGCAGAUGGAUCAUUUUGUUGGGCUGAAUUUCAACUCCAACUUUAACUUUGCACUAGUGGGACAUCUCCUGAAAGGGUACAGGCAUCCUUCCCCUACCACUGUAGCAAGAACAGUGAGGAUUUUGCACACACUCCUGGCUCUGGUUAACAAACACAGGAACUGUGACAAGUUCGAGGUGAACACUCAGAGCGUGGCUUACCUGGCAGCCCUGCUGACGGUGUCUGAGGAGGUGCGCAGCCGCUGCAGCCUCAAGCACAGGAAGUCUCUGCUGCUGUCAGAAGUUUCAAUGGAAAAUGUUCCUAUGGAYACAUACCCCAUCCAUCACAGUGACACUAGCUAUAGGACACUAAAGGAACAGCCCUGGUCAUCCCCCAAAGGGUCAGACAGACACCUGGAUGCCAAUUACCCAACAGUGGGACAGAUCAGCCCUCGCACCCGGAAAUCCAUGAGCUUGGACAUGGGGCAGCCUUCACAAGCCAACACUAAAAAGCUUCUAGGUACAAGGAAAAGUUUUGACCAUUUGAUAUCGGACACAAAGGCUCCUAAAAGGCAAGACAUGGAAUCUGGAAUCACAACGCCUCCCAAAAUGAGGAGAGUAGCCGAAAAUGAUUAUGAAAUGGAAACCCAGAGAAUAUCACCGCAGCAGCACUCACACCUCCGGAAAGUUUCCGUUUCUGAGUCAAACGUCCUCCUGGAUGAAGAAGUUCUGACUGACCCAAAAAUUCAAGCACUGCUGCUUACAGUUCUUGCCACGCUGGUGAAGUACACCACGGACGAGUUUGACCAGCGCAUCCUCUACGAGUAUUUAGCAGAAGCCAGUGUUGUCUUCCCAAAGGUCUUUCCUGUUGUGCAUAAUUUAUUGGAUUCCAAGAUCAAUACCCUUUUAUCGCUGUGCCAGGAUCCAAACUUGUUGAAUCCAAUUCACGGGAUUGUGCAGAGUGUUGUCUACCAUGAGGAGUCUCCACCCCAAUACCAAACGUCUUAUCUACAGAGUUUUGGAUUUAAUGGGCUGUGGAGGUUUGCUGGCCCCUUCUCCAAGCAAACMCAAAUCCCAGACUAUGCUGAGCUCAUAGUGAAGUUCCUCGAUGCCUUGAUUGACACRUAUUUGCCUGGAAUUGAUGAGGAAACCAGUGAAGAAUCUCUCCUGACCCCCACAUCUCCGUAUCCUCCGGCGGUGCAGAGCCAGCUCAGCAUCACUGCAAACCUCAACCUCUCCAACUCCAUGACCUCACUUGCCACUUCCCAGCACUCCCCAGGGAUCGACAAGGAGAACGUGGAGCUCUCGCCCACCGCCGGCCACGCCAACAGCGGRAGGAUGCGCCACGGCUCCGCCAGCCAAGUGCAGAAGCAGCGAAGCGCCGGCAGCUUCAAGCGUCACAGCAUCAAAAAGAUCGUGUGAUUGUCGCUUUUUAAUUUUAUUUUUUAUUUUUGGACCUGACUGACACGCGCAGCCCCUCGCGAAGGGCCCUCCACCGGGUGUGAUGCUGCACUUGAUCUGUACAGUUCCCAUCCCGUCAGCCGCGUUGCCAGAUGAUCAACUCCUGACCCACUGCCUGAGUUAACGCCUUCGUUCCUCCCGUGUUUGAUUUCAGCCRGUGUUCAGAGCCACGCGUGUUCCCGGGGGAGUUUGGAGUUCUGUAGCGCUGCAGAGCCGCGUCCUGUCCGAAUCCAAAGCCAUUCCCCAGCCCCGCCGUGUGUCUGCUCUGGCCUCGGGUGUUCCUGCUAAGGGAAGUGUUGAUCCUUAAUCCUGUUUGCACGCCUCAAGGUAGUGGCAUCCUGAGCCGGGGAGGUUUCUCUAAUCCCGGUUUUAAUCCAAACSUGUAAGAUUUUAGCUGUGUACUUUUUUUUACCACACUGAAAAGAAAUUCAUGAUAGCCRCAGUACAAGGAUCUUAACAGAAGUGGUGGAUUAGGUUAAAUUUCAGGUAAUUAGCAAUAAAGGGGAGAGGAAAAGGAGGCUGCAGGAGUCCCUCAUUCCCCAGACCAAGCUUCACACACUUGGACUGUACAUGGACCAGACUGGACAAACUGGCUUUUCCCAAAGCUUUUUUUGUUUGUUUGUUUUAGGCUUUUUUUGGAGGGAUUUUUUUGGGGGUUUUUGUUUUGUUUUGGUUUUUUUCUUGCUGUCUUACCUGCCCUGAGGAAGUUGUACAGGGGGAAAUACCUGGGAACUGACCCUUGGGCUGUCRUUGUAGCACCUGCUUUAGUUCUGCCCUUCCCAACAAAGUGCACCUUKGAGAGCUCCUGGCAGAAUAUCCAGUGGGGAAUGGAGGGGAAAUUGGAUGGAUUCAUUCCCGGCCUGGGGGAUAGCGUGUGGCAAAGCUGCCCCUGUGCUGCCUGAGCAGGGACAGAAACAGCCACGKCUGCUCAAGGUACAUGAAUUGAAAUUCACUGACCCUGUGUCCAGUGCCAGGGACGCCCGGAGCGGUGGUGCAGUCCCGUGCAGGGCUGGGGCUGCCGGAACCUCCCGGGGAACCUCCCGGGGCGGGUUUGGGGAUCCUGCGGGGUCACACAAACCUCAGGCUGCUGUCACUGUCAGGGCACCCGCGCCUGGGGGUGUGCACGUGCUGCUGUGCUGGCCAGGGAGGAGGCGGUGCCGGUGUCACCAUGGGUGCUGGUGUCACCAUGGGUGCCAUUGUCACCGUGGUUGCCAGUGCUAUCAUGGGUGCCGUUGCCACUGUGGUGCCGGUGUCACCAUAGGUGCAGGUGUCACUGUGGGUGCCGGUGCCACUGUGGGUGCAGGUGUCACCAUGGGUGCCGCUGUCACCGUGAGUGCAGGUGUCACUGUGGGUGCUGGUGUCACUGUGGGCA